GUGGUGUUUGGACACUAGACCAUGUGCCUAGGUAGUUUUUCCUUUCUCCGAAGCUCCGCUCCCCCAGCAACGCUCACCACACCCUUGUUUUGAGAACCUCACUAAGCCCUUGGUGAGCCUCCAGCCAUGGGGGAUAUGAAAACCCCCGAUUUUGAUGACCUUCUUGCUGCCUUCGACAUCCCAGACCCCACAAGCCUUGAUGCCAAGGAGGCCAUCCAGACGCCCAGCGAGGAGAAUGAGAGCCCCCUCAAGCCCUCCAGCAUGUGCCUGGAUGAGAGUGUGUCCCUGUCUCACUCAGGAUCCGCCCCGGAUGUGCCGGCUGUGAGUGUCAUCGUCAAGAACACAAGCCGCCAGGAGUCCUUCGAGGCAGAGAAAGACCACAUCACCCCCAGCCUCCUUCACAAUGGUUUCCGGGGCCCAGAUCUGCCUCCGGAUCCCCCCAACUGUGGGAAGUUUGACUCCACUUUCUUAAAUGGAGAUAGUGCCAGGAGUUUCUCUGGCAAGCUGGAGCCUCCCAAGUCCGAGCCAUUACCCACCUUCAACCAGUUCAGCCCGAUCUCUAGCCCAGAGCCUGAGGAUCCCAUCAAAGAUAACGGGUUUGGGAUAAAGCCCAAGCACUCAGACAGUUAUUUCUCACCCCCUCCUGGGUGCGGGACUGUGGGGGGCCCAGUACUGGAGGCACUGACCAAGUUUCCAGUCCCAGAACUGCACAUGUUUGAUCACCUUUGUAAGAAAGAACCCAAGACUGAGCCCAUGCCCUUGGAGAGCCAGGAGGAACACGCACGAGGUGGGCAGAAGGUGGCGGAGCCCCACAGAGAGCUGGAUUCCAGCCGCUUCUUUGGGGAAGCUGUGGAGUUCAACAGCCACACUGGCCACAGUGUCGGUGAGCCCAAGAAGCCCGCCCCGGAGCUGGGGGCCUGCUCAUCCGUGCCUCCCAGGCAGCGCCUCAAGCCGGCUCAUUCCAGGUUGUCCUCGUGUGUUGCAGCCUUGGUGGCCUUGCAGGCCAGAAGGGUGGCCAGUGUCACCAAGGAGGAUCAGCUUGGCCACACAAAGGAUCCCUCAGGGGCCGCCAAAGAGGGUUCCAAAGGUAGCCCCAAAAUGCCCAAGUCACCAAAGAGUCCCCGAAGCCCCCUGGAGGCCGCUCGGAAAAGCAUUAAGCCAUCGGACAGCCCACGGAGCAUCUGCAGCGACGGCAGCAGCCGGGGCUCCCCGUCUGUGGCUGCCAGCUCCCCGCCAGCCAUCCCCAAAGUCAGAAUCAAAACCAUAAAGACGUCGUCAGGGGAAAUCAAACGGACCGUUACCAGGAUCCUGCCAGACCCCGAUGAUCCAAGUAAGUCCCCUGUGGGGUCGCCUGUAGGGAGUGCCAUUGCUGAGGCCUCAGGCGAGGUGCCAGGGGAUGAGGGCGCAGCCCUGCCUGUGGAGGGGCACCUUUCGGAGGCAGGCACACGUUCAGGGAGCCCCCAGGGUGACAGGAAAGGGGACGAGAAUGUGACAAAGGCUGGUGACUCUUCAUCUCCCUGCAGCAGCUCUGUGCCCCAGGCCCCCAAGGGGACGGCCCAGGGCUCAAAGAUGGGCAAAAAGCAACAGAAUGCGGCCCCACAGGCCCCGGCCUCUGCCAGUCUGCUGCCCAAAGCCGUGCACCUGGCCAACCUCAACCUGGUCCCCCACAGCGUCGCCGCAUCAGUGACGGCCAAAUCCUCUGCACAGAGACAGAGCCAGCCCCAGCUCACGCAGAUGUCGGUGCCCCUGGUGCACCAGGUGAAGAAGGCUUCCCCCCAGAUUGUGGAGGUCUUCAACAAGGUCCUGCACAGCUCCAACCCCGUGCCCCUCUACGCACCCAAUCUGAGCCCGCCCGCGGACAGCAGCAUCCACGUGCCAGCCAGUGGCUAUUGCUGCCUGGAGUGCGGGGACGCAUUCGCCUUAGAGAAGAGCCUGAGCCAGCACUACAGCCGGCGCAGCGUCCACAUUGAGGCGCUGUGCACGCUCUGCUCGCAGACGUUGCUCUUCUUCAACAAGUGCAGCCUUCUCCGGCACGCCCGCGACCACAAGAGCAAGGGGCUCGUCAUGCAGUGCUCACAGCUGCUUGUGAAGCCCAUCGCCGCUGACCAGAUGUUCGUGUCAGUGCCUGCGAGCACCCCCGCCCCAGCGGUGGCCUCAGCCCCCUCCUCAUCGCCCAAACAUGGUGCCACCUCAGGCAACGGCAGCCCCCCGCCCCCAGCUUUUCCGCUCUACCCAGACCCUGUAAGGCUCAUUCGGUACGGAACCAAAUGUCCUGAAUGUCACAAGCAGAUGCGGGACUACAUGGUCCUGGCUGCACAUUUCCAGAGGACGUCGGAGGAAACCGAGGGGCUGACGUGCCAGGUGUGCCAGAUGCUGCUGCCCAACCAGUGCAGCUUCUGUGCACACCAGCGGAUUCACGCGCACAAGUCCCCCUACUGCUGCCCGGAGUGUGGCGUCCUCUGUCGCUCUGCCUACUUCCAGACCCAUGUCAAGGAGAACUGCCUGCACUAUGCCCGCAAGGUGGGCUACAGGUGCAUCCACUGUGGUGUUGUCCAUCUGACCUUGGCCUUGCUGAAGAGCCACAUCCAGGAGCGACACUGCCAGGUUUUCCACAAAUGUGCAUUCUGCCCUAUGGCCUUCAAGACUGCCAGCAGCACAGCAGACCACAGUGCCACCCAGCACCCGACCCAGCCCCACAGACCCUCCCAGCUCAUUUAUAAGUGCUCCUGUGAGAUGGUCUUCAACAAGAAGAGGCACAUUCAGCAGCAUUUUUACCAGAAUGUCAGCAAGACACAGGCGGGCGUCUUCAAGUGCCCCGAGUGCCCGCUCCUGUUCCUGCAGAAGCCGGAGCUGAUGCAGCACGUCAAGAGCACCCACGGUGUUCCCCGGAACGUGGACGAGCUCUCCAGCCUGCAGGCUGCAGCAGACCCGUCCUCUAGCCGUCCUGGCUCUCGAGUGCCCAUGGAGUCCCCUGCUGCUAGUGUGGCUGCCCGAGGCAGCUCCCUGUCCUCAGGCCGCUGGGGCAGGCCGGAAGCCCAUCGUAGAGCUGAAGCCAGGCCCCGGCUGAGGAGUACAGGCUGGACCUGCCAGGAGUGCCAGGAGUGGGUUCCCGACCGAGAGAGCUACGUGUCCCACAUGAAAAAGAGCCAUGGGAGGACGCUGAAGCGAUACCCAUGUCGGCAGUGCGAGCAGUCCUUCCACACCCCCAACAGCCUGCGCAAACACAUCCGCAACAACCAUGACACCGUGAAGAAGGUCUACACGUGUGGGUAUUGCACCGAGGACCCUCCCAGCUUCUCUCGGCCCUCCCUCCUGGAGAGCCACAUCAGCCUUAUGCACGGGAUCAGGAACCCUGAUCUGAGCCAGACGUCCAAAGUCAGACCACCGGGCGGACAUUCUCCUCAGGUAAACCAUCUGAAAAGACCCCUCAGAGCAUCAGGGGAUUCUCCGGGCACCAGCAGUGGCACGGCUGUCCCUCCCCCGAAAAGGCACAAAUCCCUCUUUCAGUGUGCAAAAUGUACCUUUGCCACCGACUCGGGACUGGAGUUCCAGAGCCACAUACCUCAGCACCAGGCAGACAGCUCCACGGCCCAGUGUCUCCUCUGUGGCUUGUGCUACACCUCUGCCAGCUCCCUCAGCCGCCACCUCUUCAUCGUGCACAAAGUGCGAGAGCAAGAGGAGGAGGAGGAGAUGGAGAUAGUGAAGGUGAAGGUGGAGGCAUCCGAGCCAGAGGAGGGCUCUGGGGAGGAGUUGACCAUGGAAGCGAGAGAGAAUGGACUGGAAGAAUGUGCCGGUGGGCCUUUGUCAGCUGACUCGGAGGCCAGGGGACCACUGGGCCUCGGCCUGGCAGAGGACCGGGCCCAGGAUGCGCAGAGCCAGCUGCAGGCCUCUCAGGAUCAGGACAGCCUUGCACUGUCCCCUCAGGUGUGACCUGAGGCUUGGCAGUGUAUGUGGCCGGAGUGCGGCCCCGAUGUCCCCCACUGCCUCACAGACUGAGGGAAGGCAAAGUCUGUGCCCUUGGGAAAGUGGCCACUCUGCUCUGAGCUGCGAUGUGCUGAGGGUCCCCAGCCACAGGAAGGGUGGGGUUGCCCAGGACCCUCCUGGCUUUGAAAUCGCCUGUGUUAUUUAUGGCUUUGUGCUGCUUUUUGGUACCCACCUCUCGGUCUAUGUCCUUCCAACCCCAGGCUGCUUAUGUGGCCCCACCCCAGUGCUGUCAGCUCAGCUGCACCCCAAACCCUGGGCCUGUGCUCGUCUGGGAGGUCCCCACUGCUACCUUCAGCCGGAGGGCCUCUCAGAACCUGAGAAGGAGGGGAUGGGGCUUAGUGCAACACAGUCCCUCGGGGAGAAAGCUCCACCAGGUCAGGCUUGGCAAGAGCCCUGGGUCACCUUGCCCUUCCUUCCUGUCUUUUCUGGUUCUUUCCCUCAAAAACAGUCCUGUGAACUGUCACACUGGCUUCUCGUGUCUCUGUGGGUGGGAAACGAGCAUACCUUUGCUUGGAACUGGGGACAGCAGGAGGUGUGGUGGAGGCAGGCAGGUUUGGAGAGCCAGGCCCCUUGAGAAGGCACUGCAGGUCUGGGUCUUUGCUCCGUAGCUGUCCUGCCGUCGCUGACAGCAGGGUUGGGCACACAGACGGGGAAUGUGUGUGUUCUUGCUCCUGUGCCAUUAGAGAGGCUGCUGUCCUGGCCGGCCAGCCUCUCCUCCUCUUGGCUGCACUCAUGUUGCUCAGACUAUAUUUCAAUAAAAACUCUUCUUACCAUGCAGGCAGGCUCUUGUAUUCCUCUCCAGGUCAGCCGCCCUUCCUUGUUCUGCCGAGGCCCUUCCCGCUUCUUGGCUCUCUGGAGGCUUCAGGAGCAGGGUCCGACGACCAGUGCAGAGUCGCCUCACAGGCCUGCCCCGGGUGGGUGACGAGUCUUCUUGGGUGUCUCCCUCUUGCCCGCAGAGGAGUUUGAUGCUUGUGCAAGCCCUUUAUGGGUGAUGGGGUGGAGAGGAGGAGCUCUGUCCUUUUCUUGCAGCAUUAGAGACCUCACUGUUGCCUCUGCCUCAGGGAACUCAGUGUGACAAAGCCAGGAGCAGACUUGGGGACAGAGAUGGGGCUGCCCUGGCCCUGGGGUUGGCCCUGGGGUUGGCCCUGCAGGUCCAGUGCAGCCCUGGGAGCGGUGCUCACUGUGUUCUUAGAGGUGAUCUUUCAUGGGAGGCAUGAGUAGCAGUUAUAAAUUAAGUCAGAUAAAUAUGUUUGACCUUUUCACAACUGAAAAAAAGGUACCAGUUUUUUCUCCCUGUAUCAAAUGCCAGAUUGUUAGUGAAAUGUUAAUGGCAGCGGGAAAGGUUGGUGCCGCCUCAGUUCCUGAGACUCUGGCAUCUGUAGCAUUUUUGAUUGCUCUUCCUGGCAAGGCUGCCACUCCUUACCCACCCACCUGCCCCCAGCUGCCAGUGGAGCUGGAGCCAGAGCUGGAGCCAGAGCCAGAGCCAGAGCCAGAGCCAGCCUCAGACGCCAGAGCCAGCCUCAGAUGCCAGGUCCAGUCACAAGAGCAGGCCCGGUGGAGGUGCAGAGGGGGGCGUGCAGUGGGUGGCUAAAGCCCUUCCUGCCCAGAAACUGGUGGCCAGGGAUAGGCAGAGGAGGCAGGGAAGUCACAGGCUCAGCCACCUUUCCUGAGCCCACACCUGUCCCGUUUCUGGGGUGGAGGACAGCCAAGCUGCUCACCAGGACCCGGGCUCAUGGCCUGGGUAGCCAGCUCUUAGCAAGCCCCAGCCACACAGGUCCCUCCCUCCUGUGCAGUCCCUCCUGGGCUCUUAUGAGAUCACUCAUGUGCCACCUCUUUCCGAUUCAUAAAGCAUGUGAAGGCGGAGAGGCUGUGCUCGACCUUCACGGUUGGAGGUGGUGCCCACCCGCUGCUGCUCACCCAGGGAUGCUUAUCAGCUAAGCACUGGCGGAGAGCAUCACCUCUGUGAUUUAACAAUUGUAAUGUUGUAGUUUAAGCCCUGCUCACACGCCCAGCAUUUUGCUAAAACUUUCUGGUGACACUGAUCCUUACGAAGAUCUCAGUUAUCCUCCGUUUUACAGAGAAGAUGGUGGAAGCUGGGAUGGUAAAGGACAGACGUAUCGGGUGCCGCCUUGAGCCCGCCGAGCCCUCAGCUAUCUUAGUGGCUGCAGUUGCUUUGGCUGCCAGCCAGCCCACCCAUUGCCCAGAAGCCCACUCUUCUACUUCCCAAACAUUUGCGGUAUCCCGCAAGUGCCCAGUUCUCUUUGGAGACCUUUUGUGCCCCUUUACUCCUGGAGGGGCCUGUGCGUCAUCCCUGCUGGAGCAGCACCAUCCCAGGACUAGUCACUUUCAUUGGGGUUUCCUUUGCCAUUUGAAGACCAUUGUUUUUGAGGACUGUCCAGAAAAGUGUUCCCAGUCUAGCAUCUUCUGACCUCGUCUGCUUCACGGUGUUCCGAAUGGGUGUGCUGUUGUGUGUCAGCAGCAGAGGCCUUAACUGCCAGCGAGAGCUCUCCUGAUCUAGUUAAACAGAUGAGACCCUCACUACCAUUUAAUAUGCUCUGAGGCUUGACAAAUGCCUGGUAUUUGUUCUCCAACUGCUUUGUCUCUGUAAAAUGAUAUGCUGAUUACUAUGAGCUAACUGUUGUAGAAAGAAUUUUGCCCUUAUGUAAACUGUUUGGUUUAAACAAAAAACAAAAAAAUCUUAACAGUUGUGGCCCUGUGAGUCCCACACUUUGCCUUCCCCAAGACUAAGGAACCUCCGUCCUGUUCACCACUGUCUGUUCAGCAUCCAGCAGUUCCCUUUAUUUUUUGUUUUGAAAAAUUAAUACAUAUACAUGGUAAAACAUCCAACAUACGAAAAAGCAUACAAUAAAAAGUAACCUUCCAAUGGGAGUCAAGCUCCAAAGCCCUUGUCUAGUUAAUCGCUGCUAUCUGUAUCCUGUGUAUUCUUCAGAGCAAUUCUAUGCAUUUACAAAUUUUUAAAUAUGUAUAUUUAUAUAUCUAUUUUUAAUACAAACAGUAGCAUUCUA